GGCGUUUCGGACGCACGAGCCUGGUGGGCUGGCUGGCGGCUUGGCAGGACAUUGAUAAACCUCGUUUACCCACGAACUCGCCCCCCACACUUGCCCCCCCAAGUCUCAACGCUCGUCAUGCACGCUUUCAUCGCUCUCCUCCUCCUGGGGUGCGCUGCACCGGCUCUUGGCUGGUCAUGGGAGGCCGACACCUAUCCGACCCAGUGCGCCCCACUCGAGAUCAACAUCACCUCGCCUGGUGUACCACCAUACGAUUUCACGUUCUACAGGCUGGCGGGGUAUGACCUACCCUUCCCGCAAUGGGGAAACGGCAGUGUGUGGAACUUCACUCUCCCAUUGAGUGAUGUCCCUGGUCAAGUCUUGGCAGACUACAUACUCCCCUGGGCCGCAGGCUCACCACUCCUCAUCGUCGGCAGCGACGCUACGGGGUUCGCUUCGGGCGGCACCUCCCAAGUGUUCACCAUCGCACAAAGCACGGGCAACGAAACCUCCUGCCUCUUUGGACAGGAGAACAACACAACCUAUCUCACCACCGUGCCCGCCUGGACCGAGCCUGUCACCCAAUGCGGGAACAUGACCAUCGUGCUCGACAACGUGGCUCUCCCGGUCACGAUCGAGGUGCUCGUCCCCGGCGGCGACUCGUUUGUGACGUCCACCGGUAACCUGCAGUAUCCCACAACUUCUCCGGGGAACGAGGGCUGGGCGGUCAUGCACACAUGGAUGAUGAACCUCACGCAAGGAACGAACGUCGCCUUCCAAGUCUCCGACGCGAACGGGCCGAUCUUCACCAGCGCGCUGGUGUCCGUCCAGAAUGGCAACGAUACUUGCCUGGCGGGAUACGUCCCGCCUUCGUCCGGCCUCUCAGGCGGCACGAACAAGACUGGCGCCAUCGUUGGCGGCGUCAUCGGCGGACUGGUUGGUGCCUUUGCCGUGGCCGCCUUCAUCCUCUUCGGUGUGCACCGGUACAACAGGCGCAAGCUUAUCCUACGAAGACAGACAAUCGGCCUGACCGCCUACUCCCCGACCAAGCCGGAACGACUGUCGAGAGACACUUGGCCGGGGAGGUACAGAGAUGACCCGGAGGAGGAAUUAACGGAUAGAGCGAGGGAAGGACCGGAGGACAAGCUCUGGGAGCAUAUGGAUCGGCGGAUGACAACCACGGAAUAG